UCAAUUUUUUAGAGUUAUCUCCCUCCAUAAUUUCCGGUUUAAAAUAAUAGAAAACAUGAGCGAGAAAAUUAGUCGUUUUGAGGCCUUGGAACAACAGUUAGAGCUUUUUAUAGAAACAACCAGACAAGUAGGAAUAAUUGUGAGCGAUGUGCAACCAAAUAGCCAAGCCGUUUUGAAUAAAAAGUUAAAUGAAAUGAUCACAGGAAUGCAGGAAGUAGACAAAAUGAAGUCACAGAUGGCCGAUAUCAGUGUUCCAUUGGAGGUUUUUGAUUACAUUGAUCAGGGUAAGAAUCCCAACCUUUAUACUAAGGACUGUUUGGAGAAAACAUUGGCCAAGAAUGAACAAGUCAAAGGAAAGAUUGAUAAUUUAAAGAGAUUCAAAGCUAGUUUACUGGUGGAGUUGACAAAAGUUUUUCCAAAUGAGAUCAACACUUAUAGAGCCCUAAGAGACGACCAACCAACCUGAAAUUUGUUAUUUUGUGACAAGUGUUAACUAGGAAAGAAAUGUUGCAGGCUUGAUAUUAAUCAUCAGAUUAACAGUUUGCAGAACAGAUUUUUGUGAAGCUUUGAGUGAAUGGAUCUGAAUUGUGAAAUAAAUAUGUACCUGAUGUUAUGUUUGAUAGCUAUUGGAUGAUUAUUUUGCCUACAAUUUUAUGUGAAACAUUGCGCUGCUGAAGAUGGAGAAGUAUCAUUUUCCAGUUGAAUUAUAGGAUGUGUUUUUCGAGAAUCAUUGAUACUUUUCCUUGUGUCAGUUAUAGUAAUAUCAUCAUUUAAAAUGAGUUGAGAGCUACAAUGUAUUCAGGGGCUUAAUAAUAAAUCAAUGUACUAUCAACAACUUUUUUUAUACGCCAAAAAAUCUUCUAUCUUAUUUUGUUUUAUACUUUUGUCAUUAAUUAAUGCUUUCUCAUGCAUUUUUCAGAGGCGGAUUUAGAGGGUCUUCCAGGGGGCCCGAUCCCCCCCCCCCCCCCCCCCCCCUUUUGUGGGAAAAUUUGGUUGAUUAUUUAGGGAAUCACUGAAGCAUGACUGGAGCGGGCCCCUUCUUAGGUAGUCAGUGGGCCCCCUUAUGAAAAUUUUUAGAUCCGCCACUGUUUUUAUAUAUAUUUUUUCCAAUAAUUUUUUAUACGCCCGUUUACGGGACGUAUUAUGGUAUAACGUUGUCCGUCCGUCUGUCCGUCGUCAACAUGUCGGACAUUAACUCAAAAUUGCUUUAACCAAUUUGCAUAAAACUUUGGUGAAUUGUUUAUAUCUAUUGACGUGAGCUCACUUUCGUUUUUUAUAAAAUUUAGAUUUUACGUUUCCGAGUUAUGGUGUUUUAUUCAUUAAAAAAAGGGGGAUUUUCCAGUUUUCGGACAAUAAGUCAAGAAUGCUUUCACCAACUUGCAAGAAAUUGUGGUGAAUUGUUUAUAUCUAUUGACAUGAGCUCCCUUUCGAUUUUUAUAAAUUUUAGAUUUUAGGUUUCCGAGUUACAGGGUUUUAUUCAUAAAAAAAGGGGAUAUUUUCCAGUUAUCGGACAAAAACUCAAAAAUGCUUUCAGCAAUUCUUAUGAAAAUUUUGUGAAUUGUUUGUAUGUAAUGAUGUAAGCUCCCUUUAGAAUUUUAUAAAUUUUACUUUUUAUAUUUCUGAGUUAUGGGGUUUUGUUCAUUAAAAAAAGGGGUGAUUUUCCAGUUUUCGGACAAUAACUCAAAAAUAAUAUGUCAAAUAUUUAAUUACAAUCCAAAUUCAGACCUGAAUCAAGCUUGAAUAUCGUGUCCAUUUUUGCCCCAACUGUUCAGGGUUGGACCUCUGAGGGCGUACCUAGCUGCGCUCAGCGAAGCAGUUUAUUAUAAUUGGACAACAAAGCUGUACAUUUUACAAAUGGGGUUAGCUAUAUAAAGAUAAGAAGAUGUGGAAUGAUUGCCAAUGAGACAGAGACCAAAUAUCGAGUGUAGGAUUUCUGGUCCUUUCCAUUAUUCUCAGUGUCAAAUAUUAAAUUGAGGCCUUAAAUAGAGAAAUUAUCAGCUCUAGUACCUUUAAAGAUGUAGAAGUUAUUGUUCAUUAACACAUUGUGCAACUCGGCUUAUCCUGAAUAUGCAUGAAAUAUUUGUCACUAGACAUUUUGCAAGCAGCAAUCAUUCAAUCAACUGAAUCAGAAUUUUAAAACCUUAUGCCAUUUCAACAGUACAUAAUAAUUAACAAGAAAAUGACAUUUGAUUAUUAAACUAAUCAAAACAA